AUGAUGGAAAUUUUGUUUAACAAAAUAAAAAAUAAACCUUGUGAAGUUGAUCAUAACAUCAAGUUUGGAAGGAUACCCAACAAAUAAGAAAAAAGAGCUCUACUAUUAUAUAAAGAGAGAAUGACAAAAAAGCUAAAUACAAAAAUGAAAGAAUAUGGAGAAAAACAUAAUGAAAUACUAGAAUAAUAAGGAAAAGCUGUGUAUAUGAAGACAAAUACACACAGAACAAGUAAGAUUCCUAAUUACUGUUUUUUUGAUUAAUGGAGAUAUUCAAAUGUCAAAUGUAAAGAACAUAAAGGAACACUUAUGAAUAGAGAUCACUUAAUGGAACAUUUGAGAUCUUUUCAUAAAAAAGGAAGAGAAUGGCGGAAAAAUUAACACAACUAAAAUACAAUAGUUGAACUGAUCGUGAAUUAUUCAUAAAAACUAUAAAACUAUAUAAAGAAUUUCUUUUAUUGUUCUGAAAUAGUUUAAGAAGUUUCUCAAUAAAAAUUAUUGGUCUUUUUGACUUGUGGCAAAUAUGUUUUUUUUAAUCUUUUAAAUGGCAUUUUGCUCUUUUAUAUUAUUUAAUUGAAUGUUAAAAAGAUAAAACAAUUUAGAAGACGAAAUUUGUUUAAGUUAAAGCAUUUACUUUAGAGAAUUUGCAUAAAUAAAAUUGUUUCAAUUGUCUUUUAAAAUUUAAUUAUUUCAAGCCAUAAAAUUAUACGUUUGCGCUUUAUUUAUCAUUUCUGGUUUGGUUUUCUUUGCAAGUUUGUAUCUUUAUGA